UCCUUAGUACGGCUUUUUUCCUUCUUUUUCUUUUCUCCUCUUCUCGAUCUCAUUCUCAUUCUGUAGAGAUCAAUCGAUAUGCCCACUUCUAAACUUCUUGUACAUUCUAUCAUUUUCAUUCUUCUGAGCUAUGGAAGCAAUACAGUAGUAUGCCACACCAAAGGCAUUAGGCCAAAAAGAACAGCUUCAGGGAAGCUAUUUGCAGUGAAUAUGACCCAAGUCCAAUACUCUGAACAACAAUUCAUGAAGUGGGUAAACUUUGUUGGCAGCCUCAAUCACUCUGUGUUCAAGACCGCCAAGAAUAAGCUCUUCCCUUCUUACACUCUUACGGUCGACAAAAAUCCAAACUACGGUGACUUUACUACAAUUCAGCAGGCUAUUGAUUCUCUCCCUACUGUUAAUCUAGUUAGAGUGUUGAUCAAGGUUCAUGCGGGUGUUUACACGGAAAAGGUUACAAUACCUCAGCUGAAGUCAUACAUAACCAUACAGGGAGCGGGAGCAGAUAAAACUAUAGUUCAAUGGGGAGAUACAGCACAAACACCCGGAGCAAAAGGCCAGCCUCUUGGCACAUUUGCUUCUGCAACAUUUGCUGUGAAUUCUCCAUAUUUCAUAGCCAAGAACAUCACAUUCAAGAAUACAACUCCAGUACCACCCCCAGGAGCCAUUGGAAAGCAAGCUGUUGCAUUUAGGAUAUCGGCAGAUACAGCAGUUUUUGUGGGUUGCAGAUUCUUGGGUGCACAGGAUACGCUGUAUGACCACGUAGGCAGGCAUUAUUACAAAGAUUGUUACAUCGAAGGCUCUGUGGAUUUCAUCUUUGGUAACGGGCUCUCUUUGUUUGAGGGUUGUCACGUGCAUGCAAUAGCACAGUUAACGGGGGCAGUCACAGCACAAGGGAGAAGCAGCCUGUUGGAGGACACAGGGUUCUCCUUUGUAAACUGUAAGGUCACGGGUUCAGGAGCCCUGUACCUAGGACGGGCAUGGGGACCCUUUUCCAGGGUAAUCUUCGCUUACACAUAUAUGGACAACAUUAUCAUUCCAAAAGGCUGGCAUAACUGGGGUGACCCUAGUCGAGAAAUGACGGUGUUUUAUGGACAAUACAAGUGCAGCGGAGCAGGGGCAAGUUUUGCAGGAAGAGUUUCAUGGUCCAGAGAACUUACAGAUGAGGAAGCACAGCCUUUUAUUUCGCUUGCCUUCAUCGAUGGUUCUGAAUGGAUCAAAAUAUGAUCAAGAUAACAAACAUACACGAGCUUCUUUUUUUUCUCCUGCUUUUCUUUUUUUGUUCCCUUUUUGGGCCGACAUU